ACAAGAGGUGUAGAAGAGCUCGAUGGUUUCUUAUUGUUCUCUCUGUGGUUUCCAAAGUUUACACCUAGGAAACAGCUCCAUUUUGAAGAAAAAGAGAAAUGUAGUUGUAGUUAAGAGAGUGACUGGACAGCAAAUCUUUCGACUAGUUUGUGACGUUGUUGGAGAUAGGAAGCCAAAGGUACUUAUAGCCGGUGCAGGUUUAGCUGGGCUGAGUUGUGCAAAGUAUUUAACAGACAAAGGAGUAGAGGCAGUAGUUGUAGAGUCUAGAAAUGUCCUUGGUGGGAAAGUAGCUGCGUGGAAGGAUAAAGAUGGUGACUGGUAUGAAACAGGACUUCACAUAUUUUUUGGCGCAUAUCCUAAUCUGCUACGGCUGUUGAAAGAAUUGGGUAUAUACGAUCGACUGCAAUGGAAAGAACACUCCAUGAUUUUCAAUAACAAGGCAAGCAACCAAGAAGCCUCAGCUCUUAACCAAGCUAGCUAUUCAAAAUUUGCUUUUCCAAAUAUUCCGGCUCCUCUGAACGGUGUUGUAGCCAUAUUAAGGAGCGAUAUGCUCAGCUGGAAAGAGAAAAUUCUAUUCGCAAGAGGUCUGAUUCCAGCUAUAUUUGGUGGACAGGGUUACAUAGAAGCAUGUGACAAAUAUUCCUGGACAGAAUUUCUCAUGCAACAAAAUAUCCCUACAAGAGUCAACGAUGAAGUAUUUAUUGCUAUGAGUAAAGCACUCAACUUUAUCAAUCCAGAUGACAUAUCUGCAAUGGUUAUUUUGACAGCUUUGAAUCGUUUUCUUCGUGAAACCAACGGAAGUAAAAUGGCAUUCUUAGAUGGCAAUCCCCCGGAACGGCUAUGUCGUCCUAUCGUAGAUGCCAUUGAAGCUCGUGGAGGUUCCGUAUGGUUGAAGCAUCCUCUUCGGCGUAUCGAAACUCGGGAAGAUGGCACAGUUGCUUCUUUUGUAGUUGGAAAUUCUCAUGGAAAAGCUGAACACUGGACUGCAGAUGUUUAUGUCUCUGCUUUGCCAGUCGAUAUUUUGAAAAUGUUGCUGCCUCUUCGUUGGAAAUCAAUAGAAUUCUUCCAUCAGUUGUCAUUUUUACGAGGUGUUCCCGUCAUCAAUAUUCACCUUUGGUUCGACAGAAAACUUACUGAUGUAGACCAUUUGCUCUUUUCUCGCUCCAACUUACUAUCGGUCUAUGCUGAUAUGAGCAAUACUUGUAGAGAAUAUUUUGAUGAAAACAGAUCCAUGUUGGAAUUGGUAUUUGCUCCAGCUGCUGCCUAUAUCGCCAAGUCCGAAGAAGAAAUCAUUUCAUUAACUAUGGAGGAGUUGAAGAGACUCUUUCCUCAACAUCUUGGUCCAAAUGCACAAACACCAGCAAAAUUGAUCAAAUACAAAGUGGUGAAGACUCCUCGUUCAGUUUAUAAAACUUCACCAGGUCUGAACAGCUAUCGCCCAUCACAAGUCACUCCUAUUUCGAACUUCUUUCUUGCUGGUGACUUCACUAGGCAACAAUAUCUUGCCUCCAUGGAAGGUGCGGUGUUGAGUGGAAAGUUGGCAGCGGAAGCGAUCGUAAAGUAUUUACAGAGUCAUUCUACCGAUAGCUUGAAUUUUAUAGAAAAAUUGUCUAAUCCAACUAGUCGUGUGAUUACUCACUGAAGUUUUUGAAAGUUGUGUUGGAUUAUUCUUCAUUAAAGAAUUCAAAGUUGUG